AUGCUUUCCCAUCACAACACCAUUAAUACACUCAACAUAACAACUGAUAAACAAUUUAAAUGUGACUUCAAUAAUUGUAAAAAAUCUUGCAAAUCUAAAUCACAUUUAAAUGAUCACAAAAAUAGGGUUCAUUUAAAUGUAAGAUAUGUAUGCGAUUGGAGUGAAUGUCACAAACAGUUUACUCGACAAUGGGAAGUGAAAAAACACAAAUCAAUCGUUCAUUUAAAGGAAAAGCCUUUUAAAUGUGAUAUAAAUAAUUGUGGCAAAUUGUUUUCCCAAAAAAAUAAUUUAAAUAAUCACAAACGCGUACACACGGGAGAAAAACCACCUGUGCGCAAUAAUAAAUUAAAUUUAAUGUGUGAUUUUAACGAUUGCGACAAAUGUUUUGAACACAACUCAGAUCUACAAAAACAUAUGAAAAGACAUAUGAAUAUAAAGCCCCAUAAAUGCAAUGAUUGUGAGAAAGGGUUUGUCACUACCGGGGAGUUAAGGAAACAUAGAAAUCGUAUACAUUUGAGCGAAAAUAUAUUAUAUGAUAUCCAUUUUAUGAAACACAACAUAAUGUCAAUUAAAUACAACUUUGAGGGAAAGGUAGUACUAAUCACGGGCUCGAGUUCAGGCAUUGGCGCCGCCAUAGCCUUACUAUUCGCUCGAAGCGGUGCCCGAGUAGUGGUCAGUGGUCUCAAUGGGGACGACAUCUCAUGCGUAGCGCACGAGUGCUCACAGGUGUCGCCCAUGGCUUACAAACCGCUGGAAGUGGUGACAGACUUCCGCAUAGAGGGAGACAUUCAACGACUGGUCGACACCACUGUCCACACGUUCGGACGGUUAGACAUUUUGGUCAAUAACGCCGGCGUGUGUUUGAUAUCCAAGAUAACAGACCCGGAUUACAUUGAACGACAAAAGGCUUUAUUUGAUGUGAACCUGAAUUCUGUGAUAAAGUUAACACAUUUAUCGGUUAAACAUUUGACUAAAACUAAUGGCAAUAUAAUUAACAUAUCGAGUGUUACGGGCAUUCAAUCGUACACAGCUAGCUCAGUCUAUUGUAUGGCUAAAGCGGCAAUCAUUAUGUUUACAAAGUGUAUGGCAACAGAAUUGGCUGACAAAGGCAUUCGUCCCAAGUGUAGUUCGCACGGCAUUUACAUUACACAACUGGGAAAAUAG